GUUCAGCCCACUGCAUGACGUAACACCCAGUCUGAAAGUGCAAUGGCGAUAUUGGACAAUAACAGCCAUCGCUUUUGGGAACCACAUCUAUAUUAUGUCGCUAACGUUAAAGAAAACACCUCCAGUCGGCUGCAGAACCACAUAUAAUAUCGGGACACUGCGCGAGCGUCAACCUGCGACCGGGAAAAGUGAUUUCACAGCCUCCGCACGCGAUGACAGUUUAGACUAAAACGCUGGUGUGACGUGUGAACAGACACCAUGGCCACACAGGAACCGUCCCCUCCUUCGUCCAUGGAGAGCAAUAAACCCGGCUUUCCCAAGAAGAUCCUGGGCAAUAAGCUGGAGGACAAGCACCUGUGCAACUGCUGCCACAAUAUACUCAGACGACCAUUUCAAGCCCAGUGUGGACAUCGCUUCUGUUCCUACUGCUUCAACAGGACUGUGAGUAAUGGACCUCAGAAAUGCAAUGCUUGCAUCAAAGAGGAUAUUUUUGAGGAUCCUACAUCAAUUUUGAAACAAGGAUGUGCUUUUCCUGACAACGCAGUUCGAAGGGAAGUUGAGAACCUGUCAGCUGUUUGCAUCAAUGAAAGUUGCACUUGGAAAGGCAGUAUUAAAGAGUAUGAGCUGAACCAUGAGGGGAAGUGUGAGUUCAUGAUCAUCCCCUGCCCCUCCUGUAAAGAACGAAUUCGCUUCAAUGAACAGGAGCGCCAUAAUGAGCGAGAGUGCCCGGAGAGAACUCUCAACUGCAAGUACUGCAAGGAGCCAUUUCACUUCAAAAAUAUCAAGGCACACGAUGAGAUCUGUCCCAAGUACCCGAUGAUCUGUGAAGGCUGCGCCAAGAAGAAAAUACCCAGAGAAAAGUAUGUGGACCAUAUUAAGUUCUGCAGCAAAUUCAGAACUCCGUGUCGAUUUCAUGUGGUGGGAUGUGACAUGUCUGUGGAGAAGGAAAAGAUUCACGACCAUGAGCGCGCCUAUGCCUACGAGCACCUCAAUCUGUUGCUGCACUACAUUAUGGGCAUGAAAGUGAGCAUGGAGGGCCUGCAGCCCCAGGGACUGGAACUAGCCGGACACAAACUGGUGGAACUCCAACAGUCCCUCAGGGAGCUCGAGGCCAGAGUCUCACAGCUCAGCACCACCACCUCUGGGCCUCCCGUGCAGGGAGCUGCCGCCUCCUCUUCAUCCUCCAGCUCCGGUCCCCCUGGUCCACCUGCUUCAGCUCCUCUCCCUCCGCCUCCCACUCUGGCUCCCACUCUGUCUGUGUCUACCUCCUUCACGCCUUUGCCCAGCUCGGUGGGAGCAGCGCUGGAGCUCCAGCUCCACAGCGAGAAGACCAAGGUGGCCGAGCUGGGCCGCAGGUGCACGGAACUCGAAGUUAAAGCUGGCACGUUUGAAAAUGUGGUGUGUGUCCUGAACAGAGAGGUGGAGAGGUUUGCCACCACCAUGGAGGCCAGCAACCGUCAGCAUAAACUGGACCAGGACAAGAUCGAGGCUCUGAGUAAUAAGGUGCGACAGCUGGAGAGGACAGUGGGGCUGAAGGACCUGACAGUUGCUGAGAUGGAGGGCCGGCUUAGGGAAAUGUCUGCCACUACAUUUGAUGGCGUCUUUGUCUGGAGGAUCUCUGAUUUUGCCAAAAAGAGACAGGAUGCCAUCGCAGGUCGAGCCCCUGCCAUGUUCUCGCCAGCCUUCUAUACCAGUAAGUAUGGCUAUAAGAUGUGUCUGCGGAUCUAUCUGAACGGAGAUGGGACAGGGCGUGGCAGCCACUUGUCCCUGUUCUUUGUGGUGAUGAGGGGACUGAGUGACGCCCUCCUCAAAUGGCCCUUCAACCAGAAGGUGACUCUGAUGCUGCUGGACCAGAGCAACAGGGAGCACAUCAUCGACGCCUUUCGACCUGAUGUCACUUCCUCCUCCUUCCAGAGACCUGUGAGCGAGAUGAACAUCGCCAGCGGCUGUCCGCUCUUCUGCCCGCUCUCCAAGCUCGACGCCAAGAACUCUUACAUCCGCGACGACACCAUCUUCAUCAAGGCGAUCGUGGACCUCACCGGUCUCUAGGCGGCUUCACGCGGGUGGUACAGUUUGGCGACCAGGCAGCUCUUUGACCAUUACGGCUUCAUUUUGGCUCAAUCAUGGUCCCUUCAGGGCUCUGUUCAGGCAUCCUACUGUCCCCUGCAGCUUUAGGGAGACAAACAUGCUCGCAACUGUAUGCCGCACGUGGCUGCAGUUUGCUCAGUCCAGUCGGCGCUGGCAUUGUCAUACCUGGUGGAUCUCCACAUGGGAACCACCAUCAUUGCUGUACAUUUCAGGUGCAAAACUUUUUUUUUCUUUUGAAAUCACAGCACCACUCCCAUGGUGAUAAAACGUCACUUCAGUUCUGCACAAAAGUUUUCAGUUGAAGGACACAGAAGUAAGCACCAGUGCAGCGUGGUCAGUGCAGUGUUGAGUAGAAGUCAAAGUCAGUGAGAAGUGAUAUUGGAGUGAAAAGAGUGAAUAGCAUCUUUUUUUAUCUCCUACUUUUGAAGACUUGGGAUGUUACAGAACAUAGACUGUGUUAGAACAGGAUUGUAGAUUACAGAUAGUUUGCGUGAUCAUUCUGAUGUCACUGUAGAAAGCUGGCAGUAGACUUACGGUAGAGGUAGAGUGUGGCUUGAUGCAGUUUUUUGCUUUUUCUUGCAGAUUGUGGAUAUUGUGAGCUUCUCAAUUCCAGUGUCGAGUGAAUUUGCAUAGACAAACGUGGAGUUAUGUUAUGAAUAAGAUUACAGGCAUUUAUUUUUGCCUUUUUCACGCAAAGUGCAUGCUGCUGGCGUUUUAAGUAUAAAAUUGCUCCUUAAUUUGAUUGAGCUUUAUGAAGGUUCCUCGUUUGUUGUUCAACUUGUUAGUGAAUUAGCCAUCCGUGAUGGUGGACAUUGCCUGCAUGUCUUUGGAACCAGGCUAUUUACAUGUAAAGUUAGUGUUGCGUAUUUGUUCCUAUUAGGGGUUUGGUGGUUCUGAUUGGUGGUUUGGUACAUCUGUGGAAGAUACAGUGAAGUUACCAAGGAGUCAGGGCAGCUUGCCAGUCAAGCCUGAGGCAUAAAACUUACACAUGUUUUUUGUCUCUGACAAACAUAACAUAGCUGGAGUUUUCCCCAGGAUAUGCUCACUAGCUCACAUCUCAACACAUAGUACUGUGCCCCACCACAGAUUGAGGUUUAACACAGAUUCCACGAAAUGAAGGAAUUGUUCGUUCCUUGUUUUCUGUCCAUACAGUAUACAGUGCAUAUGUGUUUCUGCUGCUCUAAGAUAGAAUACCGAUGUGAAUCUAAUAUAUAUGUUGGUGCAAAUAUACAUGAGGUAAAUGUGUGUGGAGGGUGGGAGGCUGAAAACAAGAAAUUGUAAUACAUUGUUGUAGGUGACGGGCCAUUGUUGACUUUAUUUAUUGCAGAUUGAUGUUCAAUGCAGCCCCAGAUUAAUCUCUUAAGUGUUUUAGUGUGCUCUCACUUAUUUCCAAUAAGGCACCACAAAUUUAACACAACCUCUACAGUAUAUCCAGAUGUUUCUGUAAUUUUUCUAUGUGUCCACCAGAGAUUGCUGUUCUACUUACUUAGCAUGCAUGCUGAGGUUUUAAGGUUCAACGCUGGCCUGUUUGGAAACCAGUCUCGACCUGUAUUGAAACCUCUCUGUGCAUGGGAGGCUUCAAUUCAUAUUCACUAUGGAGUUUCACGCCGGUUUACUCUGUGAGCCUUGUGUGAACGCAUUUAUUUGUAUUUGUUUGGAUGAAAAUACUUAAUCAUAGAAUAGUUAUUAUGUUAUAUCUGGCACUGCGUCUGUUCAACAGAAGCAUCUGCCUAUAUUCAUAGCAAUUUAUAAAUAUGUAUCUUUCAUAUCAUAAUGUUGAAAUAAUCUAUAUAUCAAUGUUAAUAUACGCAAGAUGUUAUAAUAAACAUAGUAUUACUGAAUACCUUAUUAAUUCUAUAUCUAUAUACCAACUUUUUGUUUGUCAAGAUGGUUUGAACAGGCCAGGGCAACCCCUUUGUGCAGUAAGGACUUAGGAUUCCUUCUAGAUAGAGUGCAAUAUAUGAUUAUGUCUGUUAGAUUUUGACGACAUCUUGGCUUUAAGGAUUUCCAGAGGUCAUACUCAAUUUAUUUGUUGCCAUUUGUUUACAUUACUCAUUAUGGCGCUGAAGAACUGCAACCAAUUUUGAACUUUCCAAGGAAAUACGGUGCUUUCCUUGUCAUUUAGCAUACGCUACUUGAUAUCACUAACAUGGGAAUCUCUAGUCAGUAGCUUCCCAUGAAGCUAACUGGCCAUAUGAGCUGAUGAUUUUUAAGAAAGACCAUUUUAACGUUGAGGAAUUCUUGCUAUAUAGAGUGAGUGGGUUUAUAUUCUUAACUUAAACACCUUUCAAUGAAGACUGAGCAUGUAAUAAGUAGGAUUACAUGAACUUUUUAAAACCUUGAGUGUUCUUGUAAUGUGCCAAAAUCAAAUAUUACCUCCAUAUACUAACAAUGUUGUAUUGCAAGUUGUAUUUUAUGUUCUAUGCUAAAAUAUGGUGCCAAAUAUACAGUAUUUAUAAUGUAAGUUUGUAUGUAUGCGCGCGUGUGUGUGUGUGUGUGUGUGUGUGUGUGUGCGUGCGUGUGUGCGUGUGAGUUUGUGUGUGCGUGCAUGUGUGCCAUUUUAAUAUGAUGCAUGGGUCACUACUUCGGUGAGCACCAGAGGAGAUAAUUAUUACUGUCCCAUGAAACUGUCCUCAAAUUACAGACCCUCCCGAGGUUUCUGAAUGUAAGCUUUAAUUCAGUUUUUUUUCUAAAAACAAAACGCCGUUCUGUAAUGUGAUGCAGUCGACUUGAACCAACUUUAUUUGUGCACUUUGUAUUGGUUGUUUGUCCAAACAGGGUAUUUUGUUGAGUGAUUUAUGUACCUUGAAACCAGAGCCAUAUAUAUUCUGAUGUUGAUAAUUGAUGUAUUAUGCUAAAAAGGACAUGCAGUAUGUAAUAAAAAGUUUGUUGGUUUCA